ACGGAGAGUGGCCCCCGCUCGCCGCAACUAGAGAAAGCCCGCUCACAGCAGCGAAGACCCAACGCAGCCAUCAAUCAAUCAAUCAAUCAAUCUUCAGACAAACGGUCCCCCACAGAGAACUACUGGACUCGAGAAAUGGACCUCCAGGUUUGCCCUGCAAUGUAACAGACCCCUGGGUGCCUGAAUUCGAAUUAGGUUGUCUUUUUAGGCAGGACAGUAAGGUGGGGCUGGAAGAACCAUUUCAGGAGAGAAAAUGCAUCUAUGUGAUAUCAGGUAGGAAAGGAGGUGACAAGUCAGGGCAGCUCAGAGAGAAUUUACCACAAUUGUCUUUGGCACCUUUUUGGUACAAUUUCUGCCAUUCUUAUGGCACCACAACUACUUCUUCCCUGGAUUUAAUAAAGAUUUUCAAUAUUUUUUUAAAAAAAAACUACAAAAGCCUGAGUGUCCCACCUGUCAACGUUAGCCUAGUAUACAGCUGUAUGAUUCAGAACAGGCUAGGUUCUGCUGGAUAAUAACGGUCCACAGAGCUCAGUGAUGCUUUCCCGUUUACUUCUCAUGCCAUGUGUUCAUCGCGGCUGAUUUGGGGCUCUGCUCCGUGUCUCCUCACUCCGGGAUCUAGGCUGACGGAGGAGCUACCAUCAUGAAUACUGAUAGUGACGAGGGAGAGGUGACUGUUCUGAGGGUCUUGAACUGGCAAUUACACGUCAGCCCAGAAGUAACACGUCACCUACGCUCACAACUCACAAGACCCCACCCAACCGCAAGGGGGCCAGAAAGUGCAACCAUACCACAUGCCUAGAAGACAGAGCCAGAAAUGCUCAAUGAACACGAAAUACCCUCGAAUUAUCUUCCACACUGCUUUCCCCGUUCAUGCAAAUCAUACACCUGUACAUGUGUAUACAGAUAUGUGGAACGUUCACUGCUGCACAAAACAGGGUCGCAUUAUAAGCAGUCUUUUCCGCCUUUCAUGUCUCCCCCAACAGUAACUCGUGCAAAACCUCCCAGAACAGCAGGUAUAGUGCUAAUUCAUUCUUGUUACUGGUUACGUAACAUUCCACGGUGAAGAUAACGUAAGUCAACUGGAACUAAGCAGAGAUCCAGGCUGUGUAGUUGGCAGUCUAUGUAUCUGUAUCCUGUCCUCACGAAUUUGAGGAAAUUGGCUUUAACUCUUCCCCUGCCAUGAAUGCCAAGCCCUCGAUCCUGCUAAUUUUGGAGGUUGCAAAGACGAAGCACAUGAGGAACAAAAUUCUCUUUUCUUGCUCCUUUUUCUGAUCCUGUCACUCAUCUACAUACACCCUUUCCUUCACAGUUCCUACUUUCCCCAUCUAAAAUAGGGGGAAAUGUUGGAUUUAUUAAAAAAGAAAAGGCACCACAUCGUUUUACUUUUAACUACAGGCAAAUGGCACCGACCACGGUUUCUCCUCUCCUCUGCACCAUCACCCCCAACUCCUACAAUUCUCCCUCCCUCCUCUUUCCGUGCUCCCCACUCUUCCCCAUUCUCACCUCCUUUUUCUCUGACACCUUCUACCUUGUCUUCCAUUUCAAUUACUUUAAAUGAAAAAAAGGGAAUGCAGACUGUGGAAAAUGGUUAAAAACUAGGAGUACAAGGAAAGCUGGUGAAACCUUACUCAGACAAUGUUCCUUCUCCAGUGAUCUCCCCAGACGUGAAAUGAAAAGUUGCCUAAACCUCUAGCCUUCUCGGUUUCCAGCUUUAACUCAAAGCUGCUACCCCUCAAAACAUUUAAUCCUCCCUUCAUACUCCCAUUCCAUCUCAUGUAAUAUUAAAAGAGAGUAAACAUAUUAAAAAUAAGGGAAUUUGUCUUUGUGGAAGCACUUUCUUAUGUUUUCCUAUCUGUGGCUUUUCUGUAGAUCGACGUAUUUUACUGUGCAAUGGCCACACCAUUCUGUGUAUUCAAGGGCACUCACCCCUUAAAUGUUUGCUUCCUUAUUUAAUAUUUUUAAUUAUUUUUUAAGCUAGACUUCUCAGGGACUUUAUCUGAAUGGUAUUUUCCAAAUUAUUGGAAGUCUAAAUUUUUAUUGUUCUGUUUGAAGUUACUCUCUUUUUCCCUUUUUAAAACUGGACCCGUCCUAUCUCUCUAGACGUUCUAUAAUGUAGCUAAUCUAAUAACCUCUUAAUUUGUUAAUGGAAGAAAUCUACCUCCCCUGCUCCUCUUCCCCAUCAAAUCAACGUCCUCAGCCUUCCAGAAAGUUAAAAGGAGUUUCUUCAGACACGCUGCAGGCCCUACGAUCCACUGGCGUGAAUUUUAAACCAGGUAAAAGGCAAGGGUGAGGCUUGACAAAUUGGUACGGAUGCCACACAAGCGGACAAGGACUGUGCCUCCAUUUGGGGUUCUGCCUCUCAGAAAAAUAGGGAAGGGCAGGGAGGAUUUGUAAGGCUGGUUUUUCUGCACUUCUGACUAGGAAAACAAAGGAGUGUUAACAGGCUUGACCUGGAAAGGGACCUGUGUUAAACAUUAAAUGAAAAGUGGAGCUUUUUUUUUUUUUUAAUGUUUUUCAGUAGAGGAUUAAAAAAGAAUGAGAAGGCCUUCCAGUUAUGGCAGCAUAAAGAGACAGGCAGUUCCUUUCUGCAAAACACCCACCCCACCCCCCGCAAAAAUAUAAACACAGCACUAGACAAAAUUAUCAAAACCAACAAUUGCAGGGAACUGGAAAUUGACCAAAGGUAGACAACAAACUGAGCUGUGGUGACUGUUAAAUUACUCGUUAAAUAAGGGUCCUGGAAUGUUGGAUGCCGCAUCGUGAGCCUCAGUCCGACAAAAGCCCACAAGAGAACCGAAAUAGAGAAGCUGACUACUCACAGCCCUGGAGGAGUACAGGGUGGGAGGUCAAGGCAGGGUGCAGGCAGAGGGAGGCCAGACUGGGACAUACGCCCUUAUUAAGGUCCACAGAUGGAGUGCUUCAGGGUGCCCAGGGAAACCAGACUGCACCAUUCAAACCAAAAAGACCAGGGUUCUCGUAAGUUUUGCAGGGGGGCUCAUCCAAGGAGUACACCAGGGGGAAGGCCCUGGGACGUGGAAGAGACUGUUUACCACUGUGACUCUGCAGCUGUUUCAGGAGCAUGCUCAGAGGAGGGGCCGGUGUCAGUUCAAGGCCCCUCCAGGCCACGGGCCGCACAAAAGGAUGCUGAGGCGGCAGUAUUACGGAGUAGCUCAGCUCAACAGUGGAAGGCUGUGGGUUCUGUGGCCACACCAUAACAAGAGUCCCCCCUCACUCAAUGACUUUUAAAUAUGCUGGUACUGGCCAUGAAAACAAGUUGCUCAGCUGCCAGGAAACAGACACAGCUCAGGGCAGCGAUGGGGGUCAGAAACGCUUGGCUUCACAAGCUAAGCAUGGAAAUGAACACACGGGAAUGAGCAGGGGAAAUGCACAGCUGGGGUGAGCAGCAGACCAACCAGGAAUUUAACAGGGAAAACCCUAGAAAUGAGUCAUGGAAGGGCUGAUACAAGUUCUCCACACAUCUCUGGCUGAACAGCCUGUCAUUUUACCAAAUUUGAAAGACCGUAUUCAUUUAUACUUAGAGGGCUGCAUGAAAGCCCUCAAUUUUUCAAAUUAGGUGAAAAAUAUUUUUUCAUUUGCAUUAUCUUUACAGUGAGAUUUAUUAUCAAUUUGUGUUAUUUUGUGAAUUAUGUGGUUUGUGUCUUCUGCCCAUUCUUCUACGGUCUUUUUCUUAUUAACUUGUAAAGGCUCUGUAGUGGAAUAUCCAUUUAUCACAGCUAUUGCAAACGUUUUCCCAAAUGGUGUGCCUUUUAAUGUGUUUUAUAUGUAAAAUGCUUAUGCAGAUGACUUUCUCUUUUCUAGUUCCCUCCUUUACCUCUAUGUUUAGAAAGGCUUUUCUACUCUAAGAUCAGGAAGUAUUUACCCAUCCUCCUUCUCCUCCCUCCUAUUUUUACCCACGUUUCUAAAGCCUCAGGGCCAGUGGUAUUCUCCUGGGCUUGUAACUCACUGAGCGGACAAGACUUCAAUGACGUAACACAGGCUUAUUCUCUGAGAAUAAGGGGCUCCUGCUCAAUAUGGCUUACAGCUCGGAAUCCCCAGUCAUGGAUCGUGUUUCCUGCCAAAUUAUCCAUUUAUGUCUUCCCCAUUCAGCCACCUAACAGCUGUCCCUUUAUUGUUUAGGUAUCCUGGGACCCCGAUGGCAAAUUUCAAGGGCCACGCUCUCCCAGGGAGCUUCUUCUUGAUAGUUGGACUGUGGUGGUCAGUGAAGUACCCACUGAAGUACUUUCACCAAAAGGGGAAGAGCAGCCGACUGACUCACCACUAUCAGCGUCUGGAGGUCACUGAGGCCGCCAUCAGAACUUUAUUUUCAGUCAUCGGCAUGCUGGCAGAGCAGUUUGUUCCGGACGGGCCCCACCUCCACCUGUCCCACGAGGACCACUGGGUAAAGCUCAUGAACUGGCAGCACAGCACCAUGUACCUGUUCUUUGGGGUCUCGGGACUCGUGGACAUGCUGACCUACCUCAUCACCCACAUCCCCUUGGGGCUGGACAGACUGGUCAUGGCUGUGGCAGUUUCCAAUGAAGGCUUCCUCUUGUACCACCAUGUCCACCACCGGCCACCGCUGGACCAGCACAUCCACUCCCUCCUGCUGUGUGCCGUGUUCGCGGGGGCUGUCAGCCUCACCUUGGAAGUGAUCCUCCGGGACAACAUCGUGCUGGAACUCUUCCGUACCAGCCUCGUUAUCCUUCAGGGCACCUGGUUCUGGCAGAUCGGGUUCGUGCUGUUCCCGCUUUUUGGAGCACCCGAAUGGGACCAGAAAGAUGACGCCAACAUCAUGUUCAUCACCAUGUGCUUCUGCUGGCACUACUUGGCCGCCCUCUGCAUUGUGGCCAUCAGCUACUCGCUGGUUUACUGCUUCCUGACACGGGUAAAGAGGCCUGGAGACAGAGAAAUCAUUGGGAUUCACAAGCUGAAGUCAGAUCACACCUACCAGAAGAUCCUCCUGAGCGGCUCUGAUGAGGACUAGGGCGGCCAUCGGUCACCAACGGAGGACGGAGUGUCCUCUGGGGGCACAGCUGGUGGUCAGUGGGGCAGCUCCCUUCCUUCACUGAAACCCCCAUUGUGAUCCACUCUCAAGGGUCUGUAUAUUUGCAUCUGCUCAUUUAACCAACUGAAGUCUCUGCUGCUGUGGUAUACUUUGUAGAGAAAAACGAAGCCAGCCUUUAUUUGUGUCUCAGUGUGAAGAGAACUCAGACUCUGAAAGUUUCAGAACAGGAAGUGACCUCAUGGGUGAAUUCAGAAUGUGAAUCCAGCAGAAUUUACUGCUUUUGAUAAUUUAGCCCUUUUGCCCUCAAGAAGGCAGGUACUUUCUUAUCAGAAGGUGAAUGACAGAGCCUUUAUUUUAGAGAUAUAAUUCUAAUCCGUAUUUUUUAAAGUAAAAUAAUUCACGAGCUUUGGUAUUUUUAAACAUGACUUGCUAAGCAUCUCCUAACUAAUCAUAACGUUCCGGAGUACUGCAAUACCACUCACUGUUGAUAAGUGAUGAAGUUGGGCCAAAGGUGAUUUUUUUGGUUAAAUCAGGAAGCUAGUGAGUGGUCCAGCUGAGAGCUGGAGCCCAGAUAUUCUGACUUCUCAAAAGUACCCUAGUAAGAGGGUGCUGACAGGAAACCUCUAUAAUGAGGUGGAGAGAAAAAUGUCAGGUUAUGGAAGGCCUUGAAUUUCAACAUAGCUGAAAGCAAAAGAUAAGAAUCCUGCAAAGGACGUGAAUCUUGCACUAGUGACAUAAAGUCUUGAUACGCGAA